AAUUCGUAAAGGAACGCGAAGAGGUAAUCGAGGAAGAUAGAAGUAAGUUUGCGUUGUCCAUCGGAGCUAUCGCGGUAAAAUACGUAGAGAAACUCAAAGAGCGACGGGAGGAACUUAAAGAAGCUGAUGCUUCACCGAUGCCCCAUAGUUUGGCAAUCCCCCGAGGUAUUCAUGAGCUUAUGAACAAGAAAAAGAAUCAAGUUGUGGCGGGCGAGGGACCUUUUUCCUUGAAAAACAGGGUAAAAGUGUACGUGCAAGGGAAUUCACUCCAGAUCGACACUACAGCAGAAACUGAUGCUUCACCGAUGCGCCAUAGUUUGGCAAUCCCCCGAGAUAUUCCCAAGAAAACGAAAGGACUCUUGGGCAUAAAGACUAAGUCUGAGAAAAAGCUUUGGGAGCUGAAGAAUUCUCAAGAUUUCGAGGACAAGGAAAGCGAACUCAAGAGAAGGGACCCUCUGGUGGGACAUGUCAAGAAAACUUGCUACAUGCCCGUGGUAGAUUUGAACUUUGGUAAACUAAGUGGACAACCUGUCGAGGAAAUGUGACAGAAAUUAGAUGAUGCAUUAUCAAAUACCAAUAUUGGUAAAGUGUAUUGCAACAAUGAAGUGACAGAGUGUCAUGAACCAUACCUGAAAACUAGAAAUGGACGCCCAUAAUGAUCUUCCUCACAUCCUCAGAGUUGGGUUACAGAAGGAGGAGACAAAGAGCUACAAGCAUCAUUCCCUCGUAGUAAUAUAUAAAAGGCCAGUCAAACUUCCAGAUAUAGUUCACGUGACGUGAUAUCUUAGCAGCUUCUUUCUCUCAUUAAAGUUAAUUUUCGUUUUAAAAUAUUAGCUGCAAUAAAGACCAGGGGCACCAAAUCUCAGUCGGGGGGGAAGGGCAACUCGUAUAAACUUAAGCCUUUUAUUGCGGACACUUCAGUGACGAGAAGAUGCACGUCAAACAACAUAUACUGACCCAAAAGAUAAUUUGUACGUAAAAUAUACUGG